AUGAAGACCGAAAUAAAGAAGAAAUUUGAUAUUAAUAAGACAGGCAAUCAAGUUAUAAUCUAUAAGUCUUGGGAAAAGUUGUUAAUGGAAAUGUUGGAAAUACAUAAGAAUCCCAUCUUCAAAAAAAUACCAGGUGCUGUCUCUGUUGGAGCCAACGAAAGCAUAACACUUGCUGAAUCCUCCACCUCGGCCAUCAGUGACACUCUGGCCCCCUCAAGUGCAAAAGAAAUUACUAUUCCUGCAAAGAAAAUUGAGAAGUCACAUUUACCAGAAACUGAAACCCAAAAAUUAUCUACUGCUGAGUUGCAGCGAUUAGUUCUAUUAGAGCAGUUGAAAUGUUGUCGAAUGCAACAAGAAGAAAUCAUUAAGAGGCAGAAGCAAGGUGAUGGUAACUUUAUGCCAAACAGUAGUUUUUCGGAGGAAAAAAUGUAUUACAACUUGUAAUUAUUAUUAAUUAUUUAAUCU